GGCUCCCCUGCCGCCGGAAGGAGCCGUGCGUUUCUUGGUCCCCGGCCUGAAGCGCUGAAGUUGGGAGCUGCCAUGGAGAGUUCUGAGCCUAACCCUACAGAUGACACUUCCAUGGACGCGUUCCUGGAAAAGUUCAAGAGCCAGCCUUACCGCGGCGGCUUCCACGAGGACCAGUGGGAGGAGGAAUUUGACAAGAUCCCCCUAUUUAUGAAAAAAGCGCCAUCAGAAAUUGACCCCAAGGAGUUUCCUGAUUUGGCUUGCCUGCAGUCGAUUAUUUUUGAUGAUGAGCGAUCUCCAGAAGAGCAAGCCAAGACCUACAAAGAUGAGGGCAAUGACUACUUUAAAGAAAAAGACUAUAAGAAAGCCGUACUCUCAUACAGCGAAGGGUUGAAGAAGAAGUGUGUGGACCCUGACUUGAAUGCCAUCCUGUAUACCAACCGGGCAGCAGCACAGUACUAUCUCGGCAAUUUUCGUUCUGCCCUCAACGAUGUGCUGGCUGCCAAGAAGCUGAAGCCUGGUCACCUGAAAGCCAUCAUGAGAGGUGCCCUGUGCCAUCUUGAACUGAAACACUUUGCUGAGGCUGUGAACUGGUGUGAUGAGGGACUACAAAUUGAUGCCAAAGAGAAGAAACUUUUAGAAGUGAGGGCAAAAGCAGACAAGCUAAAGAGGAUGGAAGAGAGGGAUCUGAGGAAAGCAAAGCUGAAGGAGAAGAAGGAACAGGGUCAGAAUGAGGCUCUGCUCCAGGCCAUCAAGGCUAGGAACAUCAGGCUUGUCUCCGAAUCUGUCGGUGAGGAUGAAGAGUCAGCCUCCAUUGGUCCAGCUGAGAUGCGCCUGGAUGGGCUCAGCCCUGAGAACCCCUGUGGAGCACGGCUCAGCAUAGAUGACCAGGGCAGGCUGAGCUGGCCUGUGCUGUUUCUGUACCCGGAGUAUGCGCAGUCUGACUUCAUCUCUGCUUUUCAUGAGGACACCAGGUUUAUUGACCACCUAAUGGCGAUGUUUAGUGAAGCACCCUCCUGGGACUCAGAGCACAAGUACCACCCAGAUAAUUUGGAGGUCUACUUCGAGGAUGAGGACAGGGCGGAACUAUACCAGGUGUCCCCUGGGAGCACCCUGCUGCAGGUGCUGCAGCACCCCAGGUGCUCCGUGAAGGCCCUUACCCCAGCAUUCCUGGUCUGUGUAGGAUCCUCGCCUUUCUGUAAGAAUUAUCUCCAGGGGAAAAGGGUGCACAGGUAACAUGGGAGCCAGACCCUGUGCCCUCAGCUUCCUCAGCCUGGAGCCUGCACACUUGAAUCAUGUGGCCUAGAGUCCAACACUCUAUCCCCAGAGUCAGUGGUUCCCAGCCUCUCUCUUUCUCUUUUUUUUUUUGUUUUUUUUUUUUUUUGUUGUUGUUGUUUUUUCGAGACAGGGUUUCUCUGUGUAGCCCUGGCUAUCCUGGAACUCACUCUGUAGAUCAGGCUGGCCUUGAACUCAGAAAUUCACCUGCCUCUGCCUCUGAGUGCUGGGAUUACAGGUGUGUGCCUCCACGCCCUGCUUGGUUCCCAGCCUCUUAUUGGGAAGAAGCUGCUAGACUCCUGAACUUAAGCCUGUCUGGCUGAGCGCCGAACUCCAGCAGGGCCUCCCCCUCCUCAGAUUCACAGCAAUGCCCUGGCCAGUACAUCUUUGGAGUCUGUCUCUGAAGAAAGCAUCCACUGCUGGCUUUGGUAGUCCCUGGCCCAGAGACCAUCUCAGGAUGCAGAAACAGUCUUAACCUUUGUGGCAUCGGGCAUGUACAGAAGGCACAGCUCCAAGGCAAUGAACCAGCCCUGCACACUACUCUAAGGCCUUAAGGCUUCAAAGACUGGCUCAGUUGCUUCACCAGCAUGGAGGCAAGCUAAGGAAUGCUGUGGAGGCUGUGAGGAACUGGACCAUGAGCCACAUCCUGUUUCUGGGUUGACUGUAUACACUGAGAUCCCUGGACUACUCAGAGCCCUACUGGAUGGUCUGACCAGGAGAGUUGCAGUGUGAGACCUGCAACAGACUUGGCAGGACCCGAGUAAUUCCCCCAUUCCUCAGCUCAAGUUAUGCUCCUGCCUCUGCAGAAGAAUGCUGAAUUAGGUGUGCACCACUGUGUCUGGCCUGUCACAGGCUGUUUGUCUUGAGCUGUACUCUGCGUCUUAGAGAUUGUGUGUAUUCUUACCUGCAGCCGAGUGGCUUCCUGCACUGCCCACACCAUCUCCCCAGGGAGCAUACUUCUUAAUGCCACGCUAGGGCUGAGAGACGGGGCUUGUGCCAUGUCCGACAGAAGCGUGAGGAGCCCACGGGCAGUGGUUUGCAGCAGGCUUGUGUUCCUUUCUCAGACAGGAGCAUUCCCUUCUCCUGGAUGUCUGAGCAGAGCUCACAGCAGCCGGCCUAAAGCCAUUGUUUGUAACAUGAGUGGCAAAUGUUUUUGUAGUAAACACAGAGAUUUGGGGGAUUGUUUGUCUUUAUAGGAAAACUGACUAAGACAUCAUUAAACAGAAAUCAGCUGGUGGCCUUCAGAUGGGCUCAUUUGGGAUCUUGUGUUGUUUGUAUCCUUGUUUCUGGAAGAGAAAUUAUUUGGAAUAUUUAGGAAGACCAGUGCAGGUUUCUUUUCCAGGGCAGGUCCCUGUAAAUCUACCAAACCUUGUCCCCCCAAUAUCCCCCCCACACAGACACACACACACACAAACACACACAUACAUGCGCACACACACACCAGCCAGAGACUUCCUUUGUAAGAACUCAAAGUCUAUGUGAGGGACCUAAGAGUGCCACUGUGGGUGUGGACUUAGGACCCUCAUCCUGGGGCUAGAGAGAUGGCUCAGCAGUUAAGAGCACUGACUGCUCUUCCAAAGGUCCGGGAGUUCAAAUCCCAGCAACCAUAUGGUGGUUCACAACCAUCUGUGAUGGGGUCUGAUGCCCUCUUCUGGUGUAUCUAAAGACAGCUACAGUUUACUUGCAUAUAAUAAUAAAUAAACCUUUUAAAAAAAUGACCCUCAUCCUAGCUGCCUUAGAAAGUCUUCCACUAGCAGCCUUCUGAUGAAGACUAGACCAGUUCCUCCUGCACCAUGCCUGCCUGGAUGCUGCCAUGAUCUCGCCUUGAUGAUAAUGGACUGAACCUCUGAACCUGUAAGCAAGCCAAUUAAAUGCUGUCCUUAUAAGA